AUGAAGCAGCCCUCCGGGGAGGCGGGCUUCGGCGUGCCCCGGGGUGGGGGCCCGCGGCCUCGCUGCCCAAACCCGCAGACCGCGCGGCGGGCGGCGCGAGCUCUUCUCUCACUAGCUGCCAAGGGGCCUUUGUGGUGGCACUCGAGCUCCGAGUUGCCGAGGCCUCGGUUCCGGGGAGAGAGCCCGAGAGACCUCGACGGGCCACGUGUCACAGCGCCCGCCACCUGUGCGGCAGCCCUCUACCACGGACAGCGGAUGGCACUGGCCUUUGCCACUCCGCUGUUGUCCCCUCCUCGCAGACAGAAGGCGGCCAAGGGUGCAGUCUCCUCGGAGGGCGGACGCUUCCAGGACCCGCUCGCCGGCCCACCCGUGCGGUGCCACCUCGGCCCGGCCCGGCCCGGCCAGUGCCACCGUCCCCAAGGCACACGGUCUAGCACCGGGCCUGAACCCCUAGCAGAGCCCCACUCCCUGGGUCACACGUGGCCACCCCGGCCGAAGCCCCCACGAUCUCUGUCCCUCGCGCCCGCACAGCCUCCGGUCCUGUCUCCCCGCCGUCCGCGGUCGUCCCCGAGGCCUCGUGUCCGCGCCCACAGCCCACGCUCCAGCUCUGAGCUCCAGCACGGCCUCCCUAAGUCCACGUCUGCCCCACGCACCGCGGCCGCCUGGCCUCGGGUGCCCUGGGGCACCGGUGCUGCUCCGCGUCGGCCCGGGAGGCCUCGUGGGCCCAGCGUGAGGCCCCCGCCGACCUCGACCUCGGCGACUCGGCCCCGGGCGCCAGCGGCUCUCAGCGGCCGCCGAACGGCUCCGAGUCAUGAACCAUCAACCUGUAAGGACUUUCGUAUAGUUCACGGUUUGGGGGGCGCAGAGAGGAGGGGGCCGGGCUGCCGGGUGACCUGGGACCGUCGGUGGCACGACCGAGGCCUCCCCUGUCGCCUGCGCGGACCUGCUGCUCACGGGCCGCCCGCCCUGGCCCGGCCUCGUCUAAGGCGGCGCAGCGAGGGGCCACUGCGGCCGGAGGAGCAAGCUGCCCGGGGUGCCCCAGGGGGUGCAGGCCCCGGCGGGGGAGUCAGCAGAGCCUGCAGUGGGGCCCCCAACGCACAGGGAGCCGCCGAACUGCUGCAAAGCGGGAAGCCACGCUGUCCCCGGAGCAACUCGCCGCGAGUCCGCGAGGAGCCCGCAAGGCCUGGCCUAGAAGCCUCUGUGGGCACAACAGUCACCGGAGGAAACGCUACUUCCCGUCGGGCAAAUCCUGGGGCCCACUGUAUAUCGAGGGGCCUCCCUGCCGCUGCUUUCAGGCUCCUGAUGGGUUUUGCGUCUGCCCCGAAAAGAGCCCGUGGGGCCCAUCCCCGUGUCAGCCCCCCCCCCCCCGUGGGUCUUGGGGCCGUGGGGCCGCUCACCGCCACAGGCAGAGGGGACAAGCCAGGCUCCCGGUCCCGGGUCCGCACUUCCAGGAGGGGUGUGGACACGCGGGACACGGUAGUGCAGGGCCUUCCACCCACCCAGGCCCCAGGCCCCAAGCCGGCCACCCUCCUGCCAGCUGCAGCCAAGCCUGUGAUGGGUCAGCGGCCCUGUCACCCCGUGAGACUCAGCACCAGUGACACCGGGUCCAGUGAACACGGGGCGUUGAGGGCUUGA